AUAUACAAAUCUCAUUCUUUUCUUCGAAUAAAUUUAUAAGCAUUUUUUCUUCUGCACACUUUUUUCACACUAAUGUAUCUAUCACUCAACUUCCUUCCAUGUCCUUUUAAUUUUCUUCCAACCUUGCUAGCUUUCACAACACUGAAUCAAUGAAAAAGAUAAUUCAGGUGUUAGUAGAACCCUCGCGUUGAAUCAAUCUAAAAUAGAAGGAACCAAAGUUAGGAAGAAGUAUUUUGAGGGAGAGAAAAUGCGAGUGAAAGAGAUGCACCAACUGUGUUGUAUCUCUCUGGAGAGUCCUGGAAUCGGCAACCAUUCCCCGGAGCGGAUGGCGGCGAGACUUUUUCAAACGAGGAGCUUCCCGGCGGUGGGAUCUCUGGGCAAUGCUGCUCAAAGAUGGGAGACCACGGUGGCCGGCGUUCUCUACAAGUGGACCAAUUACGGCAAAGGCUGGAGAUCCCGAUGGUUCCUCCUCAGGAACGGUGUUCUCUCUUAUGCCAAGAUCAGAUGUCCGGAGAAUCUCAACCUCCUCACUUCUUCUGACGACAUUAGCUUCAUAGGGGAGAUUUCCACCAACCGACUCGCACGAGUGGACAGAGUUGCCCCCGCCACACGACGAAAACACCGCAAAGCUUCUUCCUCUUCCCGUGUAGUCCAUCUCAAGCAGAUUUCAUCAUUUAGAGAGAGCAAGUCAGAUGAUCGGCGUUUCUAUAUAUUUACAGCAACGAAAACUCUCCAUCUGAGAACUGAUUCGAGGAAUGAUCGGGUUGCGUGGAUACAGGCAUUGGUUUCGACACGUGGCCUGUAUCCUCAUCAAGCCCUCAAUGAUCAUCUCUUGCUUACACCCAAUGAUAUAUCCGUGUCAACCGACAGGCUUAAGUUACGCUUGCUUGAAGAGGGUACCAGUGAGAACCUUGUAAAGGAGUGCGAGCAAAUCAUGCUCUCAGAGUUCUCCGAAAUGCAAGGACAACUUGAAGUUCUUUGUCAAGAGCGAUCUAAUUUGCUUGAUACAAUAAGGCAAUUGGAGGCAGCUAAUACUGAACCUGAGGCCACUGCAAUACACGAUGGUGAAUACCAGUUAACAAAGAACGAGUUUUCAAGUCUUGGACGUGGAAAAUAUAGUGAAUGUAGUACAACUGAAUCAUCUGAUGAUAUUGAGAAACAAGAGAUGGAGGAAGUAUCAGAUGAAGAUGAAAUCUCAUAUUAUGAUACUAGAGAUUGUUUUACGGAGCCUGAUUGCAAGUGUGAGUCAGAAAGAGCUAUAAAUGAAGUGGACAGGUGUAGGGAAGCCAGCACGCAAUGCACUGAUACAGAGAACAUUUAUCCCGAGAAAAUGGUCUGUAAUUAUAAGCACCCUCAGAUAGCAAGACGAAAAAAGCUUCCAGAUCCUGUUGAGAAAGAGAAGGGUGUUAGUCUUUGGUCAAUGAUCAAGGACAACGUGGGAAAAGAUCUCACGAGAGUUUGUCUCCCGGUAUACUUUAAUGAGCCUAUAUCUUCCCUACAAAAAUGUUGUGAGGACUUGGAGUACUCUUAUCUACUGGAUCUAGCUCACGAGUACGGAAAAUCAGGAAACGGUCUUCUUCGGGCACUGUAUGUUGCUGCCUUUGCAGUUUCGGGUUAUGCGUCAUCUGAAGGUCGUAACUGUAAACCCUUUAAUCCUUUACUGGGUGAAACCUACGAAGCUGAUUACCCCGAGAAAGGAAUUCGCUUCUUUUCAGAGAAGGUCAGCCAUCAUCCAACACUCAUUGCCUGCCACUGCGAAGGUAGAGGAUGGAAGUUUUGGGCUGACAGCAACAUCCAUUCAAAGUUUCGGGGAAGGUCAAUUCAGCUUGAUCCAGUAGGUGUUCUGACCCUAGAGUUCAAUGAUGGUGAAAUAUUUCAGUGGAGCAAGGUCACCACCACGAUCUAUAAUCUCAUCCUUGGGAAAAUAUACUGUGAUCAUCAUGGGAACAUGGAUAUACGUGGCAAUCGGAAGUAUUCGUGCAGACUCAAGUUCAAAGAGCAGACGAUACUCGACCGAAAUCCUCGCCAAGUACAUGGAUUUGUGGAAGAUGUAACGGGGAAAAAGGUUGCGACAUUGUUUGGGAAGUGGGAUGACAGCAUGUACUAUAUGAGUGGUAAUGUAAAUGUGAAGCCUAAAGAUUUGAAUUCACCAAACGCAUCUUUGUUGUGGAAAAGGACGAUGGAAUCUCCUAAUGUGACACGGUAUAAUUUGACACCAUUUGCCAUCACUCUGAAUGAGCUUACUCCGGGACUGAAGGAGAAUCUCCCGCCUACGGAUUCCAGGCUUAGACCUGAUCAACGGCAUCUAGAGAAUGGGGAAUACGACAAGGCUAAUUUGGAGAAACAAAGGCUGGAAAAGCGUCAGAGAAUGUCAAGGAAAAUACAAGAAAAUGGUUGGAAGCCUAGGUGGUUCCGAAGAGAAGGUGAAAGUGGAACCUUUCGAUACAUUGGUGGAUACUGGGAAGCGAGAGAGCUUCGAAGCUGGGACGGAUGCCCUGAUAUAUUUAGUGAAAUCAAUGAAGAGUCUGCCGAUUCAUUUGGUGCAUUUUAACGUGGUUCAGAUAAUGAUCAUGAAGGUUAACCAAUGGGGAGCUUAGCUUUAAUGUCGUUGCAUGCCGUGUGUGUUUUCAAGAAUGGGAGAGUGGGAUUGGAGAAAUUGCUGAAAUGGUCAUCCUUUGUUGGUGAUAUAUGAACAAUGAGGAAGGUAGCACAGUUAAGUUCCACCAUUUGUUAUGCACGAUGCUUUUUGAAUUUAAACCUCAUACAUGGUCAAGGUUACUACUGUUGCGCGAAGAUAAAUGAUCUCAAAUUGAAAUUGUUACUUGGUGUUGGAUGUGCGUAUAUACAAAUUGAGGAAAUCCAGCUUCAAAGAUCAUAGUGUUAUCUCUUCAUUAGAAUGUCAUAAUUUUGCCUUUUCUUUUUUAUAUGAUUUUCUUGUGGUUGUAUGUAAUUAGUUGGGCAUAUUAGCUAAUGUAAGGAUAUAUCCCUUUAUCCUAUUAUAGCUACACUCGCCCCCAAUGGCUAUUGAUUUAUUAGCUAAAUGAUUGCAUUUUGGUAGAAAUAAACCACCAAAGGUUUUUUUGUUA